AUGGACUGCUUUUCCAAGACGGACUGCUUUUCCAAGACGGACUGCUUUUCCAAGACGGACUGCCUUUCCAAGACGGACUGCCUUUCCAUGACGGACUGCCUUUCCAAGACGGACUGCCUUACCAAGACGGACUGCCUUACCAAGUCGGACUGCCUUUCCAAGACUGACUGCCUUAGCAAGACGGACUGCCUUACUAAGACGGACUGCCUUACCAAGAGGGACUGCCUUUCCAAGACGAACUGCCUUUCCAAGACGGACUGCCUUACCAAGACGAACUGCCUUCUCAAGACGGACUGCCUUACCAAGACGGACUGCCUUACCAAGACGGACUGCCUUACCAAGACGGACUGCCUUACCAAGACGGACUGCCUUACCAAGACGGACUGCCUUACCAAGACGGACUGCCUUUCCAAGUCGGACUGCCUUACCAAGACGGACUGCCUUAGCAAGACGGACUGCCUUACCAAGACGGACUGCCUUACCAAGAGGGACUGCCUUAUCAAGACGGACUGCCUUCCCAAGACGGACUGCCUUAGCAAGACGGACUGCCUUACCAAGACGGACUGCCUUACCAAGACGCACUGCCUUCCCAAGACGGACUGCCUGAUCAAGACGGACUGCCUUACCAAGACGGACUGCCUUACCAAGACGGACUGCCUUACCAAGACGGACUGCCUUACCAAGACGGACUGCCUUACCAAGACGGACGGCCUUUCCAAGUCGGACUGCCUUACCAAGACGGACUGCCUUAGCAAGACGGACUGCCUUACCAAGACGGACUGCCUUACCAAGAGGGACUGCCUUAUCAAGACGGACUGCCUUCCCAAGACGGACUGCCUUAGAAUUACGGACUGCCUUACCAAGACGGACUGCCUUACCAAGACGCACUGCCUUCCCAAGACGGACUGCCUGAUCAAGACGGACUGCCUUACCAAGACGGACUGCCUUACCAAGACGGACUGCCUUACCAAGACGGACUGCCUUACCAAGACGGAUUGCCUUUCCAAGUCGGACUGCCUUACCAAGACGGACUGCCUUAGCAAGACGGACUGCCUUACCAAGACGGACUGCCUUACCAAGAGGGACUGCCUUAUCAAGACGGACUGCCUUACCAAGACGGACUGCCUUACCAAGACGGACUGCCUUACCAAGACGGACUGCAUUACCAAGACGGACUGCCUCCAAGACGGACUGCCUUACCAAGACGGACUGCCUUACCAAGACGGACUGCCUUUCCAAGACGGACUGCCUUUCCAAGACGGACUGCCUUACCAAGACGGACUGCCUCCAAGACGGACUGCCUUACCAAGACGGACUACGGACUGCUUUUCCAAGACGGACUGCUUUUCCAAGACGGACUGCUUUUCCAAGACGGACUGCUUUUCCAAGACGGACUGCCUUUCCAAGACGGACUGCCUUUCCAUGACGGACUUCCUUUCCAAGACGGACUGCCUUACCAAGACGGACUGCCUUUCCAAGACGGACUGCCUUACCAAGACGGACUGCCUUACCAAGACGGAAUGCCUUACCAAGACGGACUUCCUUACCAAGACGGACUGCCUUACCAAGACGGACUGCCUUACCAAGACGGACUUCCCUACCAAGACGGACUGCCUUACCAAGACGGACUGCCUUACCAAGAUGGUCUGCCUUACCAAGACUGACUGCCUUAGCAAGACGGACUGCCUUACCAAGACGGACUGCCUUACCAAGAGGGACUGCCUUAUCAAGACGGACUGCCUUACCAAGACGGACUGCCUUACCAAGACGGACUUCCCUACCAAGACGGACUGCCUUACCAAGACAAACUGCCUUCUCAAGACGGACUGCCUUAUCAAGACGGACUGCCUUACCAAGACGGACUGCCUUACCAAGACGGACUGCCUUACCAAGACGGACUGCCUUACCAAGACGGACUGCCUUACCAAGACGGACUGCCUUUCCAAGUCGGACUGCCUUACCAAGACGGACUGCCUUAGCAAGACGGACUGCCUUACCAAGACGGACUGCCUUACCAAGAGGGACUGCCUUAUCAAGACGGACUGCCUUACCAAGACGGACUGCUUUACCAAGACGGACUGCCUUACCAAGACGGACUGCCUUACCAAGACGGACUGCCUUACCAAGACGGACUGCCUUUCCAAGACGGACUGCCUUUCCAAGACGGACUGCCUUACCAAAACGGACUGCCUUACCAAGAGGGACUGCCUUAUCAAGACGGACUGCCUUACCAAGACGGACUGCUUUACCAAGACGGACUGCCUUACCAAGACGGACUGCCUUACCAAGACGGACUGCCUUACCAAGAGGGACUGCCUUAUCAAGACGGACUGCCUUACCAAGACAGACUGCUUUACCAAGACGGACUGCCUUACCAAGACGGACUGCCUUACCAAGACGGACUGCCUUACCAAGACGGACUGCCUUUCCAAGACGGACUGCCUUUCCAAGACGGACUGCCUUACCAAGACGGACUGCCUCCAAGACGGACUGCCUUACCAAGACGGACUGCCUUUCCAAGACGGACUGCCUCCGAGACGGACUGCUUUUCCAAGACGGACUGACGGACUGCUUACCAAGACGGACUGCCUUACCAAGACGGACUGCCUUACCAAGACGGACUGCCUUACCAAGACGGACUGCCUUUCCAAGACGGACUGCCUUACCAAGACAGACUGCCUUUCCAAGACGGACUGCCUUACCAAGACGGACUACCUUACCAAGACGGAAUGCCUUACCAAGACGGACUUCCUUACCAAGACGGACUGCCUUACCAAGACGGACUGCCUUACCAAGACGGACUUCCCUACCAAGACGGACUGCCUUACCAAGACGGACUGCCUUACCAAGAUGGACUGCCUUACCAAGACUGACUGCCUUAGCAAGACGGACUGCCUUACCAAGACGGACUGCCUUACCAAGAGGGACUGCCUUAUCAAGACGGACUGCCUUACCAAGACGGACUGCCUUACCAAGACGGACUUCCCUACCAAGACGGACUGCCUUACCAAGACGAACUGCCUUCCCAAGACGGACUGCCUGAUCAAGACGGACUGCCUUACCAAGACGGACUGCCUUACCAAGACGGACUGCCUUACCAAGACGGACUGCCUUACCAAGACGGACUGCCUUACCAAGACGGACUGCCUUACCAAGACGGACUGCCUUAGCAAGACGGACUGCCUUACCAAGACGGACUGCCUUACCAAGAGGGACUGCCUUAUCAAGACGGACUGCCUUACCAAGACGGACUGCCUUACCAAGACGGACUGCCUUACCAAGACGGACUGCAUUACCAAGACGGACUGCCUCCAAGACGGACUGCCUUACCAAGACGGACUGCCUUACCAAGACGGACUGCCUUUCCAAGACGGACUGCCUUUCCAAGACGGACUGCCUUACCAAGACGGACUGCCUCCGAGACGGACUGCUUUUCCAAGACGGACUGACCGACUGCUUUUCCAAGACGGACUGACGGACUGCCUUUCCAAGACGGACUGCCUUUCCAUGACGGACUGCCUUUCCAAGACGGACUGCCUUACCAAGACGGACUGCCUUUCCAAGACGGACUGCCUUACCAAGACGGACUGCCUUACCAAGACGGAAUGCCUUACCAAGACGGACUUCCUUACCAAGACGGACUGCCUUACCAAGACGGACUGCCUUACCAAGACGGACUUCCCUACCAAGACGGACUGCCUUACCAAGACGGACUGCCUUACCAAGAUGGACUGCCUUACCAAGACUGACUGCCUUAGCAAGACGGACUGCCUUACCAAGACGGACUGCCUUACCAAGAGGGACUGCCUUAUCAAGACGGACUGCCUUACCAAGACGGACUGCCUUACCAAGACGGACUUCCCUACCAAGACGGACUGCCUUACCAAGACGAACUGCCUUCUCAAGACGGACUGCCUUAUCAAGACGGACUGCCUUACCAAGACGGACUGCCUUACCAAGACGGACUGCCUUACCAAGACGGACUGCCUUACCAAGACGGACAGCCUUACCAAGACGGACUGCCUUUCCAUGUCGGACUGCCUUACCAAGACGGACUGCCUUAGCAAGACGGACUGCCUUACCAAGACGGACUGCCUUACCAAGAGGGACUGCCUUAUCAAGACGGACUGCCUUACCAAGACGGACUGCUUUACCUGUUGA